GAGGUAAAUGCGCACGUGACGCGCGGGUCCUGCCCUCAGUUCUUUAAGGAGAAAGCGAAACUUUGCUGCAUUUAAGCCGAUAACGCUCGACGAGCCUCCUUCAACAUGGGGGAAGUUUAUCAAAUUCUGGUUAUUGGUUUUAGAGGAGAAAAGAAAACCGUCGACGUUGCAACCAACGAAGAUGAUUUCAACAAAACAACUGUUUCGGUUUUCAAAGAAAAGCUUACGACGAAAUUUCCGGAGCUUAAAGGUGCGGAGUUCAGAAUGAUGUUCACUGAUAUCAAGCUUGAGGACGCCGACACUUUCUCCAUGCGCAAGAUCCAGAAUAAAUCUACAAUCUUCCUGAUCGUCCGCAUGCCGGGAGGAGGAGCGGCACCUAACGCGGGAUGAAGAGAAGAGAGUCCGGGACAGCUGUACUAAAAACCCGGACUGAACAUGCAUACAGAGACUAUUAAUCAUAUCUUUCAUAUUUAUCAUUAAUAAUAAUGUAAAAGAAAUAAAGAAGCCUUGUACUAUUCCCUUUUGA